AUGUCACCUAAGGACAUCGUUGGGUUCCUGCUGCCCUCUCUAUCUGUAGCAUCAUCAUGGCAUCAUCGUGGCAUCAUCGUGGCAUCAUCGUGGCAUCAUCGUGGCAUCAUCAUGGCAUCAUCGUGGCAUCAUCGUGGCAUCAUCGUGGCAUCAUCAUGGCAUCAUCAUGGCAUCAUCAUGGCAUCAUCAUGGCAUCAUCAUGGCAUCAUCAUGGCAUCAUCAUGGCAUCAUCAUCGCGUCAUCAUCGCGUCAUCAUCGCGUCAUCAUGGCGUCAUCAUGGCGUCAUCAUGGCGUCAUCAAGGCGUCAUCGUGGCAUCAUCGUGGCAUCAUCGUGGCAUCAUCGUGGCAUCAUCGUGGCAUCAUCGUGGCAUCAUCGUGGCAUCAUCGUGGCAUCAUCGUGGCAUCAUCAUGGCAUCAUCAUGGCAUCAUCAUGGCAUCAUCAUGGCAUCAUCAUGGCAUCAUCAUGGCAUCAUCGUGGCAUCAUCGUGGCAUCAUCGUGGCAUCAUCGUGGCAUCAUCGUGGCAUCAUCAUGGCAUCAUCAUUGCAUCAUCAUUGCAUCAUCAUGGCAUCAUCAUGGCACCAUCAUGGCAUCAUCAUGGCAUCAUCAUGGCAUCAUCAUGGCAUCAUCAUGGCAUCAUCAUGCAAUGCGGCAGUAGCACUCACCUCAUUAUGAUCGGUACCCUCGUCCUCCUCCGAAUCAUCUCAUCCUCCCCUCCCAUCAUCAUCACACCACCUUCAUUGCAUGCAUGA